UGAAUUUUGUUUGAAGCGCACCGUUCAACGGAUUUUCUGACCAAUUCAAAGCAUUGACGCGUUUUUAGCGAAAUUAUUUAAAAAACAAUUAUAGUGAAGUGUUUAUUUGCGAUUGUUAUAUGUGUAUUGUGUCAAGAUGACGACGGAUAAAACUCGGAAGGAGAAGAAUCAGAACAUUCAAGUAUCUAUUCGAUUAAGACCUCUGAACCAGCGUGAGAAGGACAUCAAGUCCCUCGGCGUGAUCGAUGUAGUGAACAGCCGAGAGGUAGUGGUGCGCACAUCACAGCAGUCCUCGCUGACUAAGAAGUUCACCUUUGACAGGGCUUUCGGCCCCUCUGCUAGUCAGGUCCAAGUAUACCAAGAGGUGGUAAGUCCUCUGAUCGAGGAGGUCCUCAAUGGCUACAACUGCACUGUGUUCGCGUACGGCCAGACUGGCACGGGCAAGACCCACACUAUGGUCGGAGAGCAUACCGGGACUGACACACAUUGGCAAAAUGACCCGCUAGCUGGUAUAAUCCCCCGAGCUCUCUCCCAACUGUUCGACGAGCUCCGACUCACCAACACCGAGUACACAGUGCGAGUCUCCUACUUGGAGCUGUACAAUGAAGAACUGUUUGACUUGCUGUCCACCUCGGAAGACAACUCUAAGCUGAGGAUCUAUGAAGAUGUCACGAGGAAGGGAUCCAAUAUUGUUAAUGGCUUGGAGGAAAUUACCGUGUACAACAAAAAUGAAGUGUACAAGAUUAUGGCCCAGGGACAAGAGAGGAAGAGGGUUGCCUCCACACUCAUGAACGCACAAUCCAGUCGCUCCCACACCGUCUUCACAAUAGUAGUCCACAUGAAGGAGAACAGCUCCGAUGGUGAGGAGCUCAUGAAGAUCGGGAAGCUCAACCUGGUGGACUUAGCAGGGUCUGAGAACAUCAGCAAGGCUGGUUCCGAUAACCCAGCGAAGAAGGAACGGGCGAGGGAGUGUGUCAAUAUCAACCAGUCGCUGCUGACUUUGGGCAGAGUUAUCACGGCGCUGGUUGAAAGGCAUCCUCAUAUUCCUUACAGAGAGUCAAAACUCACGCGCAUCCUCCAAGAAUCUCUAGGAGGCCGGACCAAGACCUCUAUAAUAGCUACAAUUUCCCCUGGACACAAGGACUUGGAAGAGACCCUGAGCACCUUGGAGUAUGCCCACAGAGCCAAGAAUAUUCAGAACAAGCCGGAAGUUAACCAGAAAAUGACCAAAAAGGCGAUUAUUAAGGAGUAUGCAGAGGAAAUUGAUAGGUUGAAAAGGGACUUGCAAGCUGCUAGGGAAAAGAAUGGCGUAUACCUAGCCAACGAGACUUACGCAGAGUUGACAUUAAAAGAUGAAGAGCAACGCAAAGAGAUCCAGGAGCUGCUCCUCAAGAAGAGAGCCAUGGAGGAGGAACGCGACCGAAUGGAGGCCAUCUUCGACGAGCUCAACCGCAGCUUGGAGGCCAAGAACCGGGAGCUGGAGACUACGGUCGGCCAGCUCGAUAAUACUAAGAAGGAAUUGGCCAGUACUAGCCAACAACUAUCCCGCACCCGUCAAGCCUGUGAGGAGCAGCAAGUCCUGGUCUCCGCGCACUGCAGCACGGAGCUGACCCUGGGCGGCCAGGCGCGGGACCUGCUGGCCACCGCCGACCUGGCCAGCAGCCACGUCGCCAAGCUGCAGGACACUGUCGACCGCCGCAAGAACGUGGAGUCGACCAAUCUAAAGAUCACGAGCACCUACCGCCAAGAAUCUGAGCAGCAACGCAACAACAUCAGCUCGGGAGUGCAGCACUUUGCCGACACUGUCAACGCCGCGUUCAAUAACUUGCAGACCGCGAUAGACACAUUCGGCGCAUCGAGCUCUCAGACUCAGGAGCAGAACAAGCAACAGCUUGACAACCUGGUGCAGACCUUCAUUGACACUAUGAAUCAGAUAAAAUCAGCAACAUCAGAAAGCCACAGCACGCUAGUGCAGUCAGCAGCAAGCCACCGCUCCGAGCUGCAGUCAUCAGUGCAGUCGCACUGCAGUGCAGUGCGGAGUACUCUGGCGGCGUUCCUGCACAGCUUCGUCACGUCGCUGCAGCAGGCGCAGGCUGUCGAUGUCAAGGGGAAUGUCGCGGCUUUUGUGCAGCAGUGGUAUGUGGGUGCAGCAGAGCGCGUGUCAUCACUACAGCGUGCGCAUGAAUCCUGCUGCGCGCGAGCACACUCGCGGCGGGAAGAACGAGCCAGGGCAUACAGGCAGCAGAGAGAUGCGAGGAAACACCAGCUGGCUAGACGUGCUAACAUCGCGCAGGCUUCACAUCAUGAACUAGAGGAAGAAACAGCCAAACUUCAGAACCUUCUCACAAAACAACUAUCAGACAUAGAGUCAGAACGUCAGACCACAGAAAACAGACUGCAACAGUGGAUGGAAGAGAAACGCAGAAUCUUAGAGGAAGAGAUCGCGAGACACGUAGCUAUUGAAAAACAGGCUUCAGAAGACAGACUCGCUAAGAAAGUAGCUGAGAUUGAGGUGCUGCAGAAAAUAUUGGAUGAGAGGAUGGAGCACUACAAAGAAAGACAGAAGGAGCAGCUAGAAGCUGAUCAGAAGGAGUUGGAGAUGGCAGACACAGAGUUUGAAGAGUUUGAGAAGGAGGGAGAAGAGUGCGCUAAGGAUAUCAAGAAAUAUGGCAAGGAGUUUGAAGAGAAUACGAACGCGAUUAACGUGGACAUGGAGAUAUUCAGUAAGAACGUCGUGGAGGUAGUGGAACAUAUCAACAACGAGAUGCUGCGGGUGCUCGAACAGAUACGAGUGCAUACUGAGCAAGAAGUACAGAACGUGAUAAGUCAAGACGAACAAACAAGCCAACAGUUUGUGCAGGCUGCCGACUCCACACUAAAUACUAUGUUGGACAACACCAAGCAAAUUACUGAUGAUCUUGUUACUAAUGUUGAGACGAACACACAAACAGCAAUCAGUCAACUAUCAUCCGUGGCGACUUCCACGGGCGACUUGAUCUCCCAACUCCGUUCUCAAGUGUCGUCCCACAGCGAAGCCUGUACAAAUGCGCGAACGCACGUACGAGCGUUACGCGAACAGCUGAGUGCGGCUUUAGCCAGACAUGCGGAGUUGGAGGCUAAAUAUCUUAGUGAAGAGUAUAAGGUGUAUGAGCCUACAGGAGCAACCCCCAACCGCAUAGAGUACCGCUACCCGCGACAGCUGGCCGCCACCUCGCCGCACGAACGACUGCUCGCGAGAUUCCGCGCCAUGAGGCAGAACAGCCAGGAUGAUGACUGCAUAGUAGUAGAAUCCGAUAUAGAGACUCGUCCAGCCAGCGACUCUGAAUGCUCCACAUCCGAGGAGUCAGUGUUCGCGGCGCCGUCCCCGCCCGAGCCGGCCGGCAGGAACCCGCUCGUCAAGAGCACCUCCGAGACUGACAUAAUUUAUACUAUGAAUAAGCAACGAGAAUAUGCCAAAGAGAACGGAGACCGUUCCAUUUCAGGCAAGAAACCUUCCAAGCUGCCCGCGCCCUCCUCUCACAAGAAAGUCCUCGCGGAACGGAACGCUAACUGACGACAGUAAAUAUACUUUUUUAUACUGUUUAGUACUUUGAUAAUGAUGGCGUGAUAUUGUGUUCAAUGUCGAAGUUUGAAAACUCACCGAUAGAUGGCGUUGGGUACGCUUGGCCCUUUGACGUCAAUACUUUUUGGUACGAUAAAUCUGUUUGUUGAUCAAAAACACUGAAAAUAGUAUUUUUUAACAUUCUGCAUUUCACAAAAAUUACAAUAUAAUAAUGAUUUUUAAUAAUUAUGUUAUUUGUAUAAGAAGUAAAUAUGUAUUAGUAGUGGGUUUAUGCUAUUGUUUGUACGUAUUCAUAGUUAAUGUUAUUAUUAUAUGACAGUUGUCGGACUAAACAUAAAUUAUAUAGGAUUUGACGAGAGUUAAAACAUUAUGUAGUAUGUGUAUUUUAACGGAAACUUAUUUUAACUGAAUAAAAUGUUAUAUUUUAUUACUUUGGAUAUAUUUUGAUUGUGUGUGGAACUGCAUGA